GCGACACUUAUCGAUCGGCGCAUGCGUAGAGCACAGGCGAAUCGCCAUAUUUGGCCCUAAGUUAUCAAAGAGCUUGAAGAGAUCAUUAGUGUAAGAAUGGAUUCUUUAACAUCUGUAUCUAGGAUCUUAUGGACGACAUUGUUUGUGAUUACUGCCUUUGAGUGUAAUGCUUACAGUUCUUUGGACUCACUUUUUACAGAUUCUUUGUUGAGAGAAUUUGUGAACAGAAAUGGGGCGGAAGAUGCAAGUUUUGAUGAAUAUUUGAAUGGUUUACCUUCUGCCAACGCACAAACAGAUGUCAAAGAUUAUCCAAGUUUUGAAGCAAGAAGAGAUGAUAUUUUAGAAAGAGAUAUGAAUAUUAGAGAUGAGGAAUAUCUGGAACACAGUUCAUUGUCAGGGCAGAAAUCAAUGCAAGGAGGAAAUGGUGAAGGCUAUAAACUACUAAAGCCAGAUGGAAGCAUAUCAAAUCACCAAUUUAUAAAAACAGAUUCUUUACCGGCAUUUUGCAACCCAGCCAAUCCCUGCCCCCUGGGAUUUAAAGCUGAAGAUGGAUGUCUGGAGGAAUUUGAGAAUACAGCUCGAUUUUCCCGGCAAUACCAGGCAGCUCAAAACUGUCUAUGUGACUCGGAACAUAUGUUUGACUGCCAGGGAGCCUCCAGAGAAAAUGAAAUUGACGUCUUAGCCCGAUCAUUUGAGAAUGAGGGACUAGCAGAUGCAACUCUGGAUAAACUGAUGCAAAAUAUGGAUAUAAGAAGCGACCACAAAGUUGUGGCGAAGAAAUUUUUCUCUCAUAAGUCACCAAAUCCAUUUUUGGAAGGAGAAAAGCUACCCGUGGUAGCCAAGAAAGCUCCAUUACCCUCAAUAAAGUAGCAAAAAUCUCCCAAGAUGCCAGUCAAGUUAUCUAAACAUUAAAGUAUCCCAUCUUAUACUCAAAUUGUAGAAAUAUUUCAUGCUUCUAUUUUGAUCAUUAUUUUUUCAAUGAUUUAUGCUUAGUACUUCCCCAUACUUACAUAUAAAUGUUGAUUUACUGUAUGAAAAAAUUUUAUGCAAAUAUUGAAAUGAAAAAAUAUUUUAAAAAGCAAAGGUUAGAAAUGGACCAUUUAUGCAUAUAUCUGAAUUAAUGAGCCCCACCGUUGAUAUACCUGUAACUCUUUAUUAGUGUAAUUAUAUAAAAUGCCAAUAAAUGUUAUUUUCUCUUU